AUGUGGACCGAGAAGAAGAAGCCUUGUCUGGCGUCCUCGGCUGUAGCACCGGACCCAUAUUUUUGGUACAAUAAAAUCGCGUUUCGCUGGCAAUUUGGCCAACCGGCAUCAGCGGAGCUCUUUAUGAGCCUUAGGAUCGAGGUUAAAGUCGCCGAAGCGACAAGAAAAGUUCGUCCCUUGGCCCAUUUUUGUCCUGGUGCCUCCGCCCAUUCAAUAUCCACUCUGUGCGCUUGUGUGGCGAAAUCAAACUCCCCGUUGGUUGUCCAGACGGACGCUGUUGGUGACCCGGUGUGUUGUUAA